UUCAUGUCCAGAGUUAGCGGUACUGUAUUUCCUGAAACACUACGCAUGCGCGCUUUAAAGCCUUCCCUAGUUUGUCCGCCUCGCCUUGCCGUCGCUGGGCUCCUCCCACGUUUGCCCUCGAUCUGUCUCUCUGCACAGCGGUGAGGUAGCGGCGCGUGGCCCAUUCGGUGCCUGAAGAGGAAGGAAGGAAGAAAGGAGCGGGAGGGCCGCGCGGGUUCCUCGGCCGCCUCAGCCUCACGCUUUCGCCGCCCAUUGCUCUCCUCUUCUCCCCCUUCAGCCAUGUUGGCAGCCGCCGGGCUCCUCCGCCGCUGCGUCUCCGCGCCCGCCCUCCGCGCCCUGGUGCCUCGGGCUUCCGCCGCAGUAUUGCCCAUCCGCUGCUAUUCUCAUGGGUCGCAUGAGUCAGAUGAAGAGUUUGAUGCUCGCUGGGUGACAUACUUCAACAAACCAGAUAUUGAUGCCUGGGAGCUAAGGAAAGGUAUGAACACGUUGGUCGGUUAUGACUUGGUUCCAGAACCAAAAAUAAUUGAUGCUGCUUUGAGGGCAUGCAGACGACUAAAUGACUUUGCCAGCGCAGUCCGCAUCUUAGAAGUUGUAAAGGAUAAAGCAGGGCCUCACAAGGAAAUAUAUCCAUAUGUUAUCCAGGAACUUAGACCAACUUUGAAUGAAUUGGGAAUCUCAACUCCAGAGGAACUUGGCCUCGACAAAGCAUAAAUUUCAGUGAUGAGCUUCCUGUGGAUUUAUUGUUCAUGCUACCUGAUUGUCCAACAAUUGCCUGGAUACAGACAAUUAAAAUAUUACUUAUUUGAAAUUACUUCCUUUUAUUCAGUCCUGGAAUAUGUAUUGUGACGCUGGACCUAAUAAAGAGGGAAUGGUUUGAACUGAA